AUUUAAUAAAAUAUUCUAAAAAUGAAGUUUGUGUUUAAUAUAGUAAUAAUUGCUAUUAAUAUUUGCCUAAAUGAUGGCAAACCCAAAGGACCCGAACAAAUACAUCUAUCACUCGCAAAUCCAAAUGAAAUUAUGGUCACAUUCACUACAUUUAAAAAGACCGACUCGUUGGUAGCGUAUAGAGAAACUGGUGGACAAGCAUUUCAAAUCAAACAUUCAAAGGUGACAUAUUUCAAAGACAAAAAAUAUAAAGCUUAUAUUCAUCGAGUUAAAUUAAAUGAUCUCAUUCCGGGUGCUACUUAUGAGUACAGAUGUAAAGCCGACAACAUUUGGUCCAAUGUUUUUUCAUUCAAAGUCCACAAUCCAGAUACACCAUUAAAAGUGGCCAUUUAUGGUGAUUUAGGUCUUAAGAAUGGUGUGUCGACUCGUCAAUUGAUAAAAGAUGUCGAGAAAGGACUUUACGACACCGUAUUUCUGCGAUAUUGCAUACAAUCUGAACAGUGAUGGUGGAUCAGUUGGGGAUGACUUUAUGAAUCGCAUCCAACCGAUUGCAGCUAACGUUCCCUAUCAGGUGUGUCCGGGAAAUCAUGAGAAAAAAAGAAAUUUCACUCAUUAUAUAAAUCGCUUUUCAAUGGUUGACUUCGCGACACAGCGACUGAACAAUCAUUACUAUAGCGUAGACAUGGGUUCCGCACACUUUGUAUUCUUCUCGUCUGAGCACUACUUUUAUCCCGUUAAGAAAAGUGGCGAUGAUUUAGAUCUGGAAACCAAUUAUGGUUUAGAAGAUUUAUUCUAUAGAUAUGGUGUAGACAUUCAAGUCUAUGCCCACAAACAUCUAUAUGUGAGAUCGUAUCCCAUAUACGACUUGAGUCCAUACAAAGGCACCGAUGUCUACACUAACCCUAAGGCACCCAUUCAUAUCAUAACUGGAAUUGCCGGUACUACAAAUAGACCAGAUUCUGAUAUUCGAGAAAUAUUACCGGAUUGGGUGGCGUUUUAUGCCAGAGACUAUGGCUACACGCGUAUGAACGUACAAAAUAAGACACAUAUACUCAUUGAACAGUACUCGGCUGAAAAUGUGAGUCCCAAAUAUCUGGAAACCAAUUAUGGUUUAGAAGAUUUAUUCUAUAGAUAUGGUGUAGACAUUCAAGUCUAUGCCCACAAACAUCUAUAUGUGAGAUCGUAUCCCAUAUACGACGCGAGUCCAUACAAAGGCGCCGAUGUCUACACUAACCCUAAGGCACCCAUUCAUAUCAUAACUGGAAUUGCCGUAAAGAGUGGUUAA